AUACAUGUAACUACUGUUAAUUACAAGUUUCUUCAAAUCUCUAUUGGAUUAGGAUUUUUAAUGGGGGAAGGCACGGAUUUGAGAGUAACCAUGGAUCAAAACCAAGAACAAGACAAGGGGAAUCUCCAUAGACCAGGCAUUGAUGCGAUACUAAUGGCCCCCAAAAUGCCCAAGGCAGUGACCACGGCCUCUGCUGCUGAGGGUGAGAACAUUAGGCGGCCUCGUGGGAGGCCAGCAGGCUCCAAAAACAAGCCGAAGCCGCCCAUUAUCGUUACUCGUGACAGUGCUAAUGCGCUAAGAGCCCAUGCAAUGGAGGUGAGCUCAGGUUGUGAUGUAAAUGAGAGCUUAGCUAAUUUUGCGAGGAGAAAGCAGCGUGGAAUUUGCGUACUUAGCGGGAGCGGCUGUGUAACCAAUGUUACACUCAGGCAACCGGCCUCCUCCGGUGCAAUUGUUACUCUACAUGGCCGGUAUGAGAUUCUCUCCUUGCUUGGAUCAAUCCUGCCCCCUCCAGCCCCACCCGGGAUUACAGGGCUUACCAUUUACCUGGCUGGGGCUCAGGGCCAGGUUGUGGGUGGAGGAGUAGUGGGUGCACUCAUUGCUUCCGGUCCUGUUUUGGUCAUGGCUGCAUCCUUCAUGAAUGCCACCUUUGAUCGUCUACCAUUGGAUGAUGAUGAAGUUGCGGCUGCUAUGCCAAAUCAAUAUCACCAGAAUGCUCGGCACCAUCACCUGGACAUUUCUGAUUUGUAUGGGAUGCCACAGAACUUGAUCACCAAUGGCACCACGCCUCCUGAGAUAUACUCUUGGGCACCGGGGCGAAACAUGUCAAAAGCCUAGUCUAGCCUAACCUGAUUAACAAGCAAUUCUUUGGAGAUUCUCACAUCCUCCAAAUAUCAUUAUUUAGUGUUACCAUUUUAUUAAGCUUUUCUCCUUGCAGUAUGUUCACAUCCUCGGUUGCUGAUCCAUAUGGAAUCAGUGCUUCUUUUUUCUGUAGCGUCCAUCAGCCAAGUACAUCUUGUU